AUGUGUUCUCAUCAAUGGAAACACGAUGUCUUCGUGAGUUUCAGAGGACAGGACCUUAGGAAGAACUUCAUAUCACAUCUCUUCCACGAGCUGAACCAGGCGGGGAUUAACUACUUCAGCGACGAAGCUAGAGAGGACGCUGGAAAGGAGAUCGCCGAGAAGCUCUUGAGAGCGAUCUGCCACGCGAGGUUCGCCCUUGUCGUUUUCUCUGCGAACUAUGCUGAUUCCAAGUGGUGCCUGAAUGAGUUGGUGGAGAUCCUCAAGUGCAGAAGGCAACUCAAGAACCGUGGCCACGUGGUUAUUCCCAUCUUUCAUGGCGUGGACACAGCCGAAGUCUCGAAGUUGAAAAGCGACGGCAAAUUCGGGCAAGCUGAGAGGUUGCGUGAGAAAGCCAAAGAUGAUAAGCAGAUAAAAAUAUGGAAGGAUGCUCUAGCCGAGGCUAAACAUAUUUCAGGCUUCCAUUUGCAGAACGACGCCAAUGGUAAUGAAUCGACGCUCAUUAAAAUAAUAGUCGAAUCCCUUGCCGAGAGGAUUCGUCAAAUACGGCCUCCCUACUUUGUGAAAGAUGCAAUUGGAGUAGAUCAUUUGGCAAAUGACGUGAUUUCCUUGCUAAAUAAUGGCCAUGAAAAGGAUGUGCGCAUGAUAGGUAUAUGUGGCACAGCUGGAAUGGGUAAGACAACAGUGGCUCGAGUUGCAUUUGAUCGAAUUCGUGGCAAAUUCGAAUGUUCUGUCUUCCUCCCUAAAAUUGGGGAAGCGAAUUGGAGUGAUAUUCCCGACUUACAGGAGAAGUUACUCCAAAAUCUCAUGAAGAAAACAAGACAGGAGUGCUAUGACGACAUCGACACCAAGACCAACAAGAUAAAGGGAAGCAUGCGUCAUAAAAAGAUACUUCUUGUUGUUGAUGGUGUUACUGAGAAAAAACAAUUGGACGAUUUCGGCGCCGGAGAGCGAGAAUGGUUUUGCCCAGGAGUAGAAUCUUGA